AUGCUUGAAUUUUUCGAGAAGAAGCUGAAGCAAGUUGACAACAGAGCUAGGUUCCUCUCUGGUGUUCUGAGUGGUGAUAUCAAGAUCAUUCCCAGGAAGCAAAAGGAUCUGCUACAAGAGAUUGCUGAAAAGGGAUUUGAUACCCUCCCAAAGGAAGUUCUGCCCGCUGCCGUAGGAGCAACAAUAUACAGGGAAGAAAAUGGAAGAAGCCCUGAUGUACAUGCCAGUGAUUAUGAUUAUCUCACCUCCAUGACAAUUUCUGCCUUAAAUGAGGGGUACCUGGAGCAUCUUCUAGAACUAAAGAAGAGGUUUGAAACUAAAGUUGGACUCCUGAGAAGAGCUACACCGGAAUGUCUGAAAUCUGCAAAGAAACGAACUAUAACUCUUGAUAUACAGUUGCUUGAUGCAAACUAUAUAAAAGCUCAAUCAGAUAGAAAGGUUGUGAUAGUCAUUGAUUGCAAACACAACAAGGUAUUUGAAGCAGCCCCCAGGAGACAACAUAAAAGGACUGCAGCCGAGUAUCUUGAGGCAAGUGUGGUGCUGAUGGAUGAUGAUGAGGAUCAUCUUGCUGGAAGUCUCGAGACCCAAGAAUUUAGUGAGACUGAGAACACACAAAAGCAACAAGCAAAGAAGCAGAAGAAACAAAGAAAGAAGCGGGGGAAGGAAGAAAGCAAAACAGGCGCAAUAUCUUGCCGCGGACUAGACUGUCAGGGCCAUGACAGAUCAAGCCAUGCCUUCCUCAACGAAGAAAUUAAGAAGAUUGCAAGUGGCUUAGAUGGUGUUAAGAUCACUCAUGGUAAUAUGGAUCGGAAUAGGGUAGCUCAGGUGUUGGCUAAGUUAAGCCUGCAGGAUGCAUCUGUGUCAGCUUAG